CCUCAGAUCGCCGCCAUGUCUGGGGAUUCGAGCCUGGUCGCCUGCCUGGUUGAGCGGCUAUCCAGCAGGCUACCGCACGUCACCGGAACGAGCAGCCAAAGCCCCCUGGAGGAUGAAGUGCUGCACAUCACGAGGUCGACGCUCGUCGAUCUGAGCAAGGCGUCCAUUGGCAUCAUACUGGAGUCGCUGGUGGGACUGCUCGAGGAGCUCGCGCGCCCCUACAGUGCCGUCUCGGAUCAUCCCAGCCAUGUGCUGUCGUCGGAGCUCUUCGUGCUGAGCUUGGCGGCAGACUGCUGCUCUGCCAAUUGGAGUGCGCAGCCCGCUUCUGCCGACAAGGAGAUAACCUUGCCGUCUAACCCCCUGGGCGAGCGGCUUGUCGGCCGGAUCUUCGACGCCCUCAAGGACCUGCUGGAACCCAUCUCCGACAACUACAUGCUCUCGGCGCAUGUGCUUCUGGAUCAGAGCAUCGGGGGCGAGGCGCCGCAGGAUGCCCACAGCGAACAGCGCGAGGCCGAGAGCCGCCUUGCAUCGUAUCUCGACCAAGUCGAAGCGCCCGUCAGAACACUCAUGGGAUAUGUCACGGCCUCCAGUUGGUCGGAUUCGUUUAGCUACCUCAGGGAUGUCAUAUACAAUGUCCGCGUCUCCGCAGCGGCGGAUGCAAACGCGGAGACUUGGAGCUCCCCGGAUCCAGGCAGAGGCUCGCUCAUCGUCGUGCGGCUGGUUUCCUCUUUCUGGGUUGACGGCGCCAGGCUUGGCCUCAUCAUCCAGGAGAUAUGCUCAAGCUUCCUCCACUUCCGCAAAGCAUACCAGAACACCGUCGCUGCGACCAUGCCGCUGCUGAUCGCUCGGUGGAUCGAUCGAUAUCCGCAGGAGUUUGUCCGUCUUCACCGUCUACAUAGGCGGCUUGACGGAGGCGCGGAUACUCUCUUCGACAUGACCCAUACCGUGACUGACAAUGCUAGACGCAAGGCUCUCUUCUUCCCUCUCCAGACCACCCUUCUCUUCCUCAUGCCUGACGUGUUCGAGGUCGCUAGUAACAUGAGGGAGGCCAAGAGCAACAAUAUCAUGAAGAAGGUGUCGUUCCUGGAUGGGCUGCGUAAAAGCAUGAGGAACGGGAACGAGCAGGCUGGAUACUGUGUCAUCUCCCUGCUUCGUGCGGCGCGGCAUUUCAGCGCGGAAAGCGACUCGGCCCUCGUCAGUUAUGCCAUGGACGUGCAGGACGAGGUUCGGGACGCAGUGUUUCGCCAUUCCGCGACCAGCUCACCCUCUGCCCACUUUGACCAGAAUAUGAUUACUGCCGCCUUCAUUACUCUAGCGCAUCUGAACCUGGACGUGUGUAUUGAUACUGUCCUUGAUACCUGUAUCUCGCCUUCGUCGCCGCAUAGUUUCAAAGUCGCUGUCAUCCAAGCCUGCUGCCAUCUUGCGAACCAGCCAGACGCUUCCAGAUAUAAUGAACUCUUCAACGAGGCGCUCCCCUUCAUUCAGUCACAGCUCAAGGUUUGCCACACGAAAGUUCUAACUUCUCCGGCCCGUGCUGUGUCGUGGGAUUCGGCGGCCAAUCUCGGUAACGAGACCAUAAACAUGGCGCGCAGCAUCCUCAAGUUUCUCGGCGCUCUGCCCACGCCUCUGUUGAAUGAGUUGAAUCGUCAGACGCAAACGAUUGAUACCCUGGGGCCGUUCAUGUUCACGGUCAUCUCAUCCAACAAGACGAUUUGCCAGACGGCAACCGAAGUUGCGGAGAGGCUCUUUGCGGAACACCCAGAUGCUGUCAAGUCCUUCAACGAGCAAAGCCAUCCCGAUAUCGUUGAGCUGCGGGAGACGUUCUGGACUCGAAGCUCCAAGGUUCUAUUAGAGCUAUGUGACCGAAUGGUUCACCCCAGACUGUCCGAGUUGACGACGAUGCGCGAUUACCUCAAAGCCCGUCUCACACUGCUGAGAAACAUACCGGAGUUGACUCGCCUUUCCAAGGAGCUGCCUGACAUGGCAGCAGCUUCGUCCAAAUUGGAAACCGUCCUUCUGGUGUCUCUCUGCUCCGCGGACGUCGACGUCUGUCAGCUGGUGACUUCCUGUAUUGGUCUCUUCGUGGCAGAGUGCUCUUGUAUCAGCGAGUCCUCAGAAGCCAUCAAGUCCUCAGCUUCGGUCCUCCGUAACGGCGAUAUUUUCCGUGAGAUUGCCUCGCCAGCUUUCCGCUUCACCGGAUUGGUCGCCUUUCAGAAACGCAUUCGAAACCUCUUGCGUCGCAUACAAUUUCCCACGUCAGGCAUACUGGAAGCUUGGGAACUCGCGUUCGAACGCUGGAUAUACUUGGUUCAAAAGGUCUCGACGCUGCAUCCCAACUCUGUCGACGAUCGACUGCUAUCAGAGUGGCGAAACUUAUCAGGAUUCCUCGCCUCUCUUGGGGGUGUUUGCACUGCCGACCAGCCCAUCAUCUUGGAGGAACCGUCUCUGCAGAAUCUGAAGUGGAUCGAUCGAUCCUUGUCUGAGCAGCCCGAAGAGUCGUCUCUCAAACGCUAUCUCAAGUCAGCAAUCCAGCUCCUGGCGUGCGCAAACGUCAGGGUUCGUGAGGCUAUGCGCGAGAUCCUCUCAAGCGAAGUAUCAUCAGUCCUCUAUCCCGCCUUGUUCAAAGCUCUCGAGUCAGAAUUGGACGUGCUCUUUGCCGGUGUCCUUUCUCCGGCAGACAAGGCUCAGGAGACAGAUAUAAUCUUCGCAGAGCAGGCCGCUUCGCUGUUGAAGACAUUGGUCGAAAGACUGGAGAUUCCAGCCGACUUGGGCGCAGCCUCGUCUGUUCACCUAGGCCUAAUGACGCUGAACUUUGCCAAAUUCAUCGACGGCAUCGCCGAUACCGCGAAUACGCUACGGGUCAAGAUAAGGGUCUGUCAAUUAUGCGAGGCUGUGACGAAGCGAAAGGAGCAUUUGAAUCUUCGUGAUGACGUGCAUAUUCGGAACCAGCUCCUCGAGUACACCAUUGGCUGGAUAGAUCGACCACGGUCACCACACGCGGACCAGGCCGGCAUAGGGGGAAAGCCAGACGAUCUGAACAGGGUUCAAAAGGACCUCGACAAAGCCUGUUUGCGAUCCCUUGCAGAUCUCACCUUCCGUCUGCCGCUGCAGCCCGCUGACAGUCAGUCAGACGUGGGAAUGAGCGAGAUGAAGUCUCAGAUGUUCCACAACUACUUUAAUCGGUUCCUUUCUCUCUUGAACAGUGAGUCUGCUGAAACAAGUAGGUCAGACCUUUCUACCACUCUGGUUGGCCGGGAUGAGGUGGUCUCCAAUUCAGACUUGGCAAUCACCAUCCUCUCUAAUCUGCUGAGCGCCAACAUCGAUGUUGGCCUCAAGCAUUCCAUCAAUAUCGGAUACCACGACAAUGUUGAGAUACGGACUGCAUUCGUCAAAGUUCUCUACAACAUACUCGUCCAGGGGACUGAGUUCAGCAAUCUGACAGACUCGGCUGUCAGUAAGAAGUACGAGGAGCUCUUGGAGCUGCUUACAAAAGAUUUAUCGCUGCCUGCUUCGAUGAGUGCGAUAUGUCCAAGCACGGAAGUCGAUGAACUUACCAUCUGUCUUUUGACAGUGUUCGAGCAGCGAGGCCUCAUAUUCGAGUUGUUUGAGUCACUUAUCCGAGCAGAAAUCGAGCAAACUGAAAACGAGACGGAGAUUCUACGUCGAAACUGCGUUGCGACCAAGAUGCUGUCUGUCUAUGCGAGAUGGAAAGGUUUUGCUUACUUGCAGGGAACUCUCCAUAAGGUCCUCGAACGCCUCAUGCUCACGUCGCAAGACUUGGAUUUGGAGCUCGAUCCGACCCGAGUCGGCACUCAGGAAGAAUUGCAAAAGAAUGCGCUUCAGCUUCAGAUAGUUGCCAAAGUUUUCAUGGACGAUAUCUGCGCAUCUGCUGCCAAUAUUCCCCCUUCCUUCAGGAAGAUUUGCAGCAUAAUUUCAGACGCCGUUUUACAUCGGUUUCCCAACGCCAAAUACACUGCUGUCGGCGCAUUCAUCUUCCUCCGGUUCUUCUGUCCCGCAAUAGUUGCUCCAGAAGUCGAGGGGCUCGUGCCAACGCCGCCAUCAAAGGAAAUGCGGCGAGGACUGCUGCUCAUUGCGAAGAUUAUCCAAAACUUGGCCAACAAUGUCCUCUUCGGAACAAAAGAGCCCUACAUGUUCCCACUCAACCUCUUCCUAGUACAGAACAUUCACGUCGUCAUGGGAUUCCUGCGUGAGAUAUCAAUCCCGCCGAGUCACAUCGAAAGCAAUAGUAACAGAAAGGCCAUUGAUUUUGGCUCGUGCGUGGCGUUGCAUCGCUUCCUCUAUGACCACUGGGAUCACCUUCAGCAGAUCCUCGUUGCCAAAGACAGGAGAGAAUAUGUCAGAUCUCCUGCAGAGCAUGCCCAUGGCCGGUCGCCCACCAUGGAACCUCUGCGAAAUCUCAUUGCAAAUCUUGGCCCACCCCCCUUGGCCAUAUCAUGGAACCGCCCACAGAUCUCAACGAAUAGCCCGCCCUUGUAUUCUCGAUUCCAGAACUUCAUGCUUAGGAACGCCUUCCGUGGCACGGAAUCUUAUUUAACGUCGCGUGCGGUGUAUGACGGUGGCGAAAGCAAGGAUGGACUCUCAAUCAUCUGCAUAAUCCUACGGCACAUCGAGGCUGAUAACAUCGACUAUGACACCAUGCUUUACUGCUAUCUCAAGAUCGCUAGCAGGCUUUGGCAUGAACCCUUUGGGCUCUUUAUAGACGCUACAUGCUACAAUGGACGGAACGAUCCCCAGGACGACUUCUUUAAGAUGCUAGAUCUCCUCACCCCCUCAGAGCUGACGCUCAAUCUCACCAGGGUCUACGUUUACAAUAUGAACAGCGCUUUCAGGAGAUGCUUUCGGCACCUUUUGCGGGUUUCUACAAGGAGCGACAGCAGUGCUUUCCAUCCGAGAAACGUGGAUUACCACCUGAUAGGAAGCCUCCAGGAUCUUCAGGCUCAUUUCCACCUCAGUCAGCUCCAUCUUCCCAAAGAAACUAUCAGCGUCGUCACAGAUACCCGCUACAUGUUCCAGCCCGUGACGAGGCUUUCCAAGUCAAAGGGAAAGGUAGAUGUCGCGAUCAAGGUCGGAAGCCAGUUUGUCCAAGUAACGACGACCAAGAAACAGGAGGUCUUGUCUGGUCUCCGUCUUAGUACCACUGUCAAUGACAUAUUCCGGCUAGGGGACGUGGAGGAAGCAACGACAACACUGCAGUCAGAGGAUGACUCGUCCUUUGGCCUUCGCGCGGAUGGUGGGAAGAUUGUGAUGUACUUCUCCAGCCCAAAGAAGGCCGACGUGCUCCAGACCAUCCGCAGCGCCAAGAGCAAGCAUGGAAAGGAGAAUCGCACCUACAAGCCGUUUGAGAGGCUUAUGCGUCCCCAAGACGUGCCGGGGACAUUGCUCAACCUCGCCUUCACCAACCUUUUGAGUCCAGAUCGCGCUCUGAGAUUGGCAUCAUACAAUUUGCUAGGAGCACUCUGCAGGGCCUUUAAAUUCAGCGCAGAUUCCAGAUUGUCAUGUGCAAAAGACAUUUCAAUUCCCAUGGAUCCCACAAAAUUUGUGGUUGAAAUGAGCAGAAUCCUGGCAAGCACGCAGCCACAGCUGACAUCUGAUUUCUUGACGGAGUUCUUCGUUGGAUGGGAAAGCUUCCCUGAAGAGCAAAGGCCGCUCAGCCUGGCCUAUAUGUCACCGUGGCUUGGUGGCCUUCGCACGAACAUCUUGACAAGCGAACAAGACAGCGAAAAGGGACGAGAAAAGGUCGCGACGCUUUUGAGAAAGAUGAUUGACGUUAUCGUUCUUGACCAACAUCUCGUCUAUCCUCUUCAACACUUUGUUCUACCAUCCAUUACAAAUGACGAGCUGCUCCUCGACAUAUUCCUCGACGAGCUCAUCAAGACUGCUCUGAGCUAUGGGGCUCAUGAAGAGUCUCUGGAUGUCAUUGCACCUGUCGUCACUGGUAUUGGUACCGUCACCAUUCGGGGGAGAAUAUUCUCCCGGCUACGCAAGACUCUCAAUCGCUCAUCACUGAGACCGACCAGAUAUCUGCAGGACAGCCCAGUCUGGUCCGAGAUUUGCGUUCUUCUGCAAUUCUGCGUUGCCCUGUCAUUCGACAGCGGUGUUCAAUCUCGGCUAUUCUUGCCUGAAAUCUUCCACAUUGUCACGAUGCUGGCAAACACGGGAGACAACGGCGUUCGUUCUCUCGUGUACAAGCUCUUGAUCAAUUCGGUCCAUUCAGUGUGCACGGCGUUCAACUUGGACGAGGCAAAGCUUACCAAGCUGAAAGCAAGCCUUGACAUUCUCUGCGAACCCCGAGGAGAGGCGUUCUCUUUGACGACGUCUCCCAUGCGCGAUGGUGCCUCCGUUUCCACUGCACACGACUCAAGCUCGGCACUGGCAGCAACUGAGAACUUGACUGUCAUUCUCUUUGACAUAUGCUCCAUUGCAGCUCCUUCGGUGGACCUGGCGAACAGUUGGAGGUCACGCUGGAUGAGCCUGGUUGCCAGCACCGCCUUCCAGAACAACCCGGCUGUGCAGCCGAGGGCUUUUGCAGUAAUGGGAUACCUUGCUCGAGAAGAGGUGGACGACGACCUGCUAUACCAAGUGCUCGUCGCCUUGCGCAAUAGCAUCGGUCAGUUUGGCGAAGACGGGAACAGCGAAAUGCUGAUCUCUAUCGUGACAUCGCUGUCCAAGAUGAUGAUCAAGCUCCCCUCGUCCUCUCGCUACGGUCUUCAGCUAUUCUGGCUGGCCAUGUCUCUCGUCCGGCUUGUCCCCAUCUCUCUCUUCAACUGCACAGCCCAAUUCCUUGAGGCAGUUCUGACCAACAUCGGCGCCGUCUGCAGUGCUACGGGGGAGAAGUUUGUUCCACUUCUUUUGCAAAGCCGUGGCCAGCUCGAAGAGGCCGCAUUGCCGCUGGAUGAUGCCUACGGGGUCCAUUUCGAUCACGAGAGCUUUCACUUCGCGGUCUGCGCUUACCUGGUUCGCGGACUCACUGAUACUUCAACGCGCCCAACGGCGAUCCGCGUCCUAUCCUCGUUUGUGGAGAUUGCCAAUGCAACCACUGUACCGCCCGCGGCCAAGAACGAUCCCACGACAGAUUCUUUACCGUAUCUUGCCUUGAUCUCGGCACGGGGCGUGCUCCCCGAGGACUACAGGGAGGGUCUCUGGAUAGCUGGAGUGGGUUCGGAGGAGGCUGGCAACAUCACGACGCUCACCGGUCGCCAACGGAUGGAUAAUGUAAGGGACAGAGACUUGUUGCUCAUCUCCGCUAUCGAACUGGUUGACUUCCAGUACCUUGAAGAGCGAGUACAGGUCCGGAGCCUGCAAUGGCUGAAUGAGCUGGCCCUGCAGCGGCCCUUGGUCUUUGAACAACUAUGCGGCGCAAUACCACCGUUGAUAGAGGAGGUACUGUCACAUAGCCAAGACACAAGCGCUCUAAAGGCCGCCAACGCUCUACUGCGUACCAUUGCCUCCGACGCAAACUUCCAGGACAAGAUGACCUCUAUGCGCCCGCUGGUAGACGCGCUUCAUGAGAUGGGCUUUACGGGGCUGUGGCGGUUCUCCUCUCAGGACCUCGGAGAAGAGAUUCGGCGCGAGUGUUUCGAUUUAACAGAGAGGUUAAUAGAGGUAAGUAUUAUUUAUUCCCUAUUUUAUAACUAG